CCGAUCUCCUCUCUUUCUUUCCCUUUCCAGUCUCUUCUCCACUUCUAAUCUAUCUCAAUCCCAUCUUGUUUUCCCUUCUCCUUCUCUUCCUUCACAAUCCCUGUGAGCUCCUCCUAUUUCGCUCCAUCUGCCAUCAUGGAUGGUACUGAUUGUCAGAAUAAGGAGCAGUUAGAAGAAACGACGGAGAAAUCGGAGAUCGGAUCGCGCUCCCUCCAAAUCUGCAGCCUUCUGUGGGAUUGCUGGAACGGCAAGUCAGAUCCACAGCGGUUCCUUCUCUGGAGUUCAACAUGCAGGCUCUGUCUAUCAAAGAGCCAGAAAUACUUCAAGUGCAGGCAGAGCAGGAGAUGCAAGAACUAGGGGGAGAUGCAGAGUAUAAUAUUCUUAUGACUCUUGCGUCUACAGGAGACCCUCCCAGAGUUCUUUCAUUGCAAGCAGUGCAACAAUCCAUGGCUAGAGCGUGGAAGAACGACUAUUACGGGAUUUCUCAGUUUUCAAGGUAUAUCUUUGUGGCUCAUUUCCGUUCUCUAGAUGCUGCAAUGUUUGUUAUUACUAGACAACCGUGGAGAAUGGGAUCAGAUAAUUUUCUGUUGGAAUGGAUGGAUCCAGAGGAUGAAAUAAAAAGUAUUGAGGACUACCAGUUCAGCUCAAUAUAUGUUACUGUCAGAGUUUAUGGGAUACCCAGAAGGUUCAGAUCCAAAGCUUUGCUUAGUUCCAUUCUGGAAAGUCUGGGUGAAUUGUCUGAAUUCCAUCCAAUAAAUCAAGCGAUGUUAACGGCUAAACAAGAGUACAUUUGGGGCACAAUCAAAUUUCAGAUUCAAAGAUCAGUUAGAGAUAAGGUGUGGGUCACAUUUAACAAAGAUUUAGCUGGUUGGGCUUAUCUUUUCUAUGAAAGAAUUGGCAGAAUCUGUACUUUUUGUGGAGUGAUGUUUCACAGUGUGCAGCAUUGCAAGAUUAGAAACAACAUUCUCAUGUCAAGGUGCAGAAUUAAGUUUACAGCAGAGGAAAUGGAACCUAACAGAUAUGGAGAAUGGAUGACUAAUGUGGAAUUGAUUCCACAGAAUUUGAAGCAAAAUAUGAACUGUAAUGCUGAUAAUUUCUCUUCUUUUCGGAAUCCGCAGCUGGCAAGGUUGCAACGGCAGUUUAUUGAGGAUCCAAAGCAGAAAGGAAAGGAAGCACAACAAAGAUACCCUUUCUCAAAGGAACAUAACGACCUCCUGCAAGAUGCCGCCGAUCAACAGCUGCUACAGAAGGAUCAGCUUGCCACAAAUAUAUUGAAGGAAAAUGCUAGUAACACAACACUGAUGGCCUCUCAUGUUCCUGUGUCUGCAUCCUCUGACUCCCUUUGUCAGCAAGCACUUCUCAAAGGAAUUUCUCAUCAAGCAAUCCCCAAUAUGCAGGUUGGAAUUAUCAAUGCCCCUCCUUCCAGUUCUAAUACUGUGCCGCCUCCUUUCAAAUCCCGUCCUAAGAGAGCUUGCGACUCAAUUUUUGGACUGUCUCCUCCUCCAGCAAAGAGGCAGCCCAUUUUAGGACAGGAAAUUGAUGGAUCGACUCAGGCUCCAUUGAGUGAUGUUGGAGCUGUUCUUGUUACUGUGCCCCAGGUUAACCCUUCUCCAAGUCUGCUUGGAGCUCCACCUGCUGGUCAGCCUAUACACCGCCUUGAAGAUGUACCUGCCGCUACCCUUCCUGCUUCUAGUCAGACUCUUGCUGAUGGAAUGGAUUCUUCUCAUGGUGAUGUGGUGCCCAAAUAUAGCAGUCGGCAUAGACCUAAAAGCAGCCGCUGGGACAUUCCUCCCUCAGGGUUUGGAGAUACGCGACGACAUCAUCAUGUGUCUUUUCACUCUCGCACUGGGGCUGUUAUGGAGAAAUGGCACAGUGAUGUUACUCAUGUUGGCACUGGCCUUUACCUGGGCACAAACAGGGCAGGAACUCAACUUGGUGGUUCUUCUCUACCAUAUGCCAAUAAGGAUGGAGAGACCUAUGAUCCUCGGCCCAUUCGCACACCUUCACCGACAAGCACUGCGGGCACAACCUGCUCUCGUCGGGGUGGUUGCUUUUCUCCUGUCCUGGAUCGCAACUACUAUAUGGGUAUGGAUGUUGCUUCUCACACUAGUGCUAACAUAACUCAGACUACAAUGGGAACUCAAACUGAGAUUAGCACCCUUCAUCAAGGUAGUACAACGGAACUUGGGCAGGAUCAUACUAUGGAUGUUGAUUAUCACUUGGGGCAAAAAGCGGAUCAGUUAACAAAUUGGGCAGCAGCGCAUGGCCCUAACGCGCCUCGGGCGCCAUGAAAGCCAUUGCCUGGAAUUGUCGAGGCAUGGGCCGGGGCCUCGGCAAUGACCGUAUGAUGUUUCUGGCCAAUCUCAUCCGUUCCACUAAAGCUCAGUAUUGUAGUUCCUUCAAGAGGAUCGUCAGGAGGGCUUUGGCUGAUGUGGACCGAUGAGCUCAAGGUUACUGUUCAUAGCGCGUCGUUUCACUCAAUCCUAGCUAACGUUGUUCAUGUAGCUUCAGGUGUACAGUUUUGUCUUGUGUGUAUCUAUGGAGAUCCUUAUCAUCGUCAAACUAGUACUAUUUAGAAUCAGAUUACCUCUUUUUUGUAUGAUAACUUAGGAAAGGCAAUUAUCUGUAUGGGUGACAUGAACGACAUCCUGUAUGAUAUGGACAAGUGCAAUGCUAAUGUUAAUCAGUAUAGGAUGUCUGCUUUUCGUGCUUUAAUUAAAAAUUGUGGCUUCUUUGACAUCGGCUAUAGUGGUCCGGCCUACACUUGGCGCAAUAG